GUAAAAACAAGCGCAAAAAUGUCGUUCUCAAAUUAUUUGUCAUUAUGAACCCCAAAGAAAAAAAUCUAAUUUUGAAGAAAUGUGCAUCAACGAACGAAUUAGGGGUCCUCACUUCCGCUAAUCUAAAUUUACGUGAAGCAAAAUCCUAUGCAGGGGCAAUGGUCGACACAAAACUUUACGAUUCACUGCCAAAUCAACGAUAUCAGAAUACAAAAGAAAACUGUUGCGAAUUAUUUUGUAAGGAUUAUGACAUUCAAAGAAUGGACAAAAAUGCGAUUGCUACUAAAGACGUCGUAACGGAUGAAGUUUACUACAUAAAAGAAGAGUUUUUGAGCCUGAAAGGCAGAAAGUACACGGCGGACGACAUUGCGUGGACGUGGAAGAAAGACUGCAGAAUGUGGAUGUGGAAAAAUAAUGUUGAUUCCAAAAAGAACAGAUCUGUGGCAGAAAUGAGAAAAUCCACUUAAAACUACUUAUUUUAUUUAAUAACAAAUUUAGAAAAACUAC